CCGGACAGCAGCACGAAGAGCAGAGACACCGGGGAGGGUCUCCGCAUCUUAAACAACAAAAUCAACGUUAUAUCUCCACAAAAUGAAGUUUUCCUUACUCAUAGAUUCAUGAGGAUAUGGUGAGGAGAAGGUGUCCCAUGCUGCAUUAGUGGAAUAGUGACAUGCUGGCCUGUCUGCCAGCAUCAGGUGACCCUACCAUCAGACUUCUCUCCCGCACGCAGAUGAACACUGGACUUCAGAAAUGGGAAACUACACAGAAGAUGAGAUCUGCCAGCUACCCAACCCCAGCAGAGUUGGAUGCCUAUGCUAAGAAAGUUGCCAACAACCCUCUGACCAUCCAGAUCUUCCCCAACAGUGUCAAAGUACCUCAAAGGAAGCACAUUCGACGCACAGUCAACGGGCUCGACACAUCCUCGUCCAGCCAGCGCCACAGUCCCUACCCGUCUCAGGUCAGCGCCAGCAGGGGCCUGCUGGCUGUCCUCCGAGCGCCUGCCAAAGGCGUCAUCAAAGAGUCAGACGGCAGCCGUGCCCGACAGCUUCAUAAGGCCAUCAUGAACCCUCACAGCGGACCGUACGCCACUCAAAGCACUUUAAAUCUCCCUCAGCCUGCGCCUCACCUACAGGGCCCGUCUCAGCCUGUGGUCCAAGCUGCCCAGAAGCAGGGCAUGGUUCACCCACAGGCACUGCAGCAGCAGCAGCAAGGCAUGACUCAUCCAAUGACUUUACAGCAGCCUCAAACUAUGCCUCAUCCACAGGCUUUACAACAAAGGAACAUGGCUCACCCACAGGCUCUGCAGCGGCCGCAGAGCUUGUCCCAGGUUCAGACUUCACAGCAGCAAAGAUUGGCUCAUCCACAAGGCAUUCAGAGGCAGCAGGGUCUGCCUCACACCCAGGCUCUGCAGCAGCAGCAGCAGCAGCAGCAGAGCCAGCCCUGUCCAUCAGUUGUACCACAGCAGCAUCUUUCUCAUCUGCAGACACUAAAGCAUCAGACGGCUCCUCCGCGAGCUUUACUUACACUUACACAACAAGGAGUGACUCAGGAUUUGCGCCACAUAUCUGAUGGAGCUCAGCUUCCGAGCGUGCAGCACACGCAGGGGCUAGUGGGCUCACAGCCCCUUCCCCAGGCAGUGGGUGCCGGACCCCCUACCAUGCCUAAUAACCUCCAGCAGCCCACACCGGGGGCAUACGGGCCCCGGAAGCUCCCUGAUGCAGAUGCCCCACCAAAUGUAACUGUAUCUACCUCCACCAUCCCGCUGUCCAUGGCAGCCAGCCUGCAUCAGAACCGGCCCAGUGACCUGAGCAGCAUUGUGCACCAAAUCAACCAGCUGUGCCAGGCACGGGCUGGCAUGGGCAGCACCUCAGUCUGUGAGGGCCAGAUCGCAAACCCCAGCCCCAUCAGCCGUAACCUGCUGAUCAACGCCAGCUCGAGGGUGUCCUCUCACCACCCAGCUCUGGGCUCUGUGCCCAGCUGCCUCAUGGUGGGACCCCCAGACAAAGCUACAGCUCAGACUCCGAGUGCUGCUCUCCAUUCACAGCCCUCUUUAGCUGCUACUAACAGUAUACCUGCCUUUCACACAGACCCAGAGAAGGUGCAACUGCAGCAGCAGCUUCAGCACCAUUUACAUAAGCAGCAGCAGUUACAGCAGCAGCAGCAACAGCAGCAACAGCAGCAGCAGCGCUCCUGGGCCCAGCAUCAGCUGGCUUACAUGCAGCAGCCCCCUGAGGGGGCCCAUCCCUGCAAGAACCCAAGGAUGGAGGCUCCAGCUGAGUGUGCUUUCCCCUCUCAAAACCUCAACUAUCCCCACAAGCUACCAAACGCUGCACAGUCCUUUCCUUUAAAACACCCUGCAGAAAAACCACAAACUUCAUCCCCUGUUAACUGCCCCGUAGGCUCUAUGCCUUACAUUAAUAGUCACUACAUGCAGCCACCAUGGGGCAGCAUUCCAGCCACAGCAGGUAACAAUGGAUCCGGCCCUCAGGACCACGCCGUGGCUUUCCAGGGAGGGCAGGCCGCUGCUUCCACAGACCGCAUCCCAGGGCCAAAGUACAGGCCAGGGAAAGAGGGUCCUAGUGGUCAGUCAAAACUGCUGCCGAAUGUGGAUUUCUUAGGGGGGGACUUCCAGAUGCCCAGCUUUCAGGAGCAGAGCUUGGAUGUGAUGGAGAAGAUGCACAGAUCAGCCAUGGGCCAAGUUCAGGAGCCCAGCAAUGGCGGAGCUGUCCACACUCAUCACCCAGGCUACCUUUAAAGUGUGUGCUUAUCCCCUCUUGGUGUUCUGAGUUUUGUCUCAACAACUACUUUCAGCUUCUGUGGUUUAUUCUUUAAGAUCUUGCAAGUGAUCAAUUACAUUUUGUGGUUUCAGAGCUUGAUUUGUAGAACCCCACCAGGUUGUGACGUUUCAAAGUAUUCCUCAGGUCUUAAGCCAUGUUGUCCCUUUGCUGCAGAUGAAGGGUUUCUGAGAUUGUUGUGCUGCUCUUUGUUCAUGUAUAUAUGGUGUUCUAAAAUGUUCAUUUGCAGCUGAGAAUAUUCUUGCCAUAUGAUUGUCACAGUGCUUUUCUUAGGUUGACAUGGAACAACUCGACUUUUUUCAGCAUUUGUGGCCUUACAACUGCCCAAAGGCAAGAUUUAGGAUGUGUUCGUGUAAUGUUUUUAUUUGCAGUUAUUUAUCCUCUUAACAGGUUUGUGAUCCAUUUUUAAAAAAAAUAAGAAGGUUACAUGUAUAUGCAAUUAAUAAGACUGUUGAUAAGGUUAUUGUCCCAGCGGCUCCCUCCCGUAGCUGAGGUUUACACUGUUAAAGGGCCUAAGUGAGAGCUGUGACUCCUCUAUCAGGAAAACAACAUGGCUUCUGAACUGCGCUGUGAGCGGUUCAGGUAGUUUACGUUCCGUGGGUAAUCACAGUGUGCAGAAACUCUGAACUUUCACGGCUGGACAGAGUUUUAGUUAGAAAUAAGACAAAGCCAGCACUAGCAAAAACACUAACAGUCUCCGUUCCUGAGAUUCACGUAGUUUUUUAAGUUGCGGCUGGGUUUCUCUCACCUUCGGAAAGUUUGAAGAGCCCUCCUGUGUGGAAUAUUUCAAGAACUGUGCUUGAAGUACUUUUCUUUUAUUACAGUUUUUGUUGUAUCUCUGUUGGAGGUCCUACUUGAACUGUAGAAAUUACUUUUAAAUAUUAUUGUUAACACUUGGAGCAGAAACUCCAUUAGCCCCUUUCUGUUUAUAGCUAAUGUGAAACCGAAUGGCAUCCCACUAUUAUUAAAAUGGUUUAUGUAUGUUGCUGUGUGAAAAGCAAAUUGAUCACUUGCAAGCAUGCAAGUAUUUGGAGUAAUGCAAGCUGGGAAACUUUCAUUUCCUCACCAUUCUUCAACUGUAGUGCCAGUGAACCGAUGUGGUGUGGACGUUAUCUGCGUGGCUUGCGGUGGGCUGUUCAUCUACUGAUCACUGGCCCCACCCUGUGUCAUGUUUCUGCUACCUGUAAAGACACAAGAGAACAUUUGCUGCAGGUUAAGUUUUGCUAGAUGCGUCUAGCACAACGCUCCGGACCCAUUUGCUCCUCUAGUCCUUGGGUUGAUGUUGUCCAGGCACAUGUUGCUCUGCUGUCCUCAAGCCUUCUGGAAAAAGCCUUAAAUGUCACACUAGUUAUCCUCUGCUUAUGUAACUGACUUUCUUUGCCAGAUCCCAAAUUUAAGUCUGGCUUCAUUGUGAGAAAGAGUAAGUUAUUUGUUCUUUUCCUUGAACUUUGGUUCUUUUGAAAGCCGUUAAAACUGUACUGUCAGAUCAUUGGGCAUUGUUAAUAUGUAUGGGCAGUGGGAAUGGGUGAUGUUGCCUUAAAUGGAAAUAUUAAGGUGAUGUUGCUAAUCAUGCCUGUUGAUAAAUCACCCACCCUUUUGUCUCGAAUCUUUAUCUAUCACGGAUUUAAGAUGAUUUUAAGAGUAAAAUAUGAAUAGUAUUUAGCAGAAUUAAUAGGUAUGUAGAACAGGGCUGUAGCAGUUAUUUUAAAGUAUUUGAACUGUGUUUUAGUUGUUAUACUUAAUAAAUAUCCUGAUAUAGUUUCUUAAUUUAUUUUUUUUUUCGGACCACUUCAUCCUGAAGCCAUAGGUGAUUUCACAUUAGGUGCCAUAGGCGACGCACGUUGACGCAGACGGUGUAAACUGACUGUCUGCACUCGGAGGCAAAUAAGAGGUUUGCAUCAGCGCUUUGAUCUCACGUCUUACGCAACGGCACAACAGCAUUUUUCCCUCUCUGAGCUGUUCUCAGAACACAGUACAGGUCAAAGAUGGCAGUCUUUUUUUUCCCUGGCUCUCAUUUUUUUGAUGUGCCUGCCCCUUGAAGCUGCUAUUGAAUUUAAUCUUAACACACACUAGUAUGAUUUGUGUGUGUGUGUGUGUGUGUGUGAAUAGUAAUGAUGUAUGGGCUGUAUCAGUGAAAACAAGUUUCCUAUUUAUGGGGUGGGUGAAGGAAAGUUGGAAAUUGCUGCCACUCUAAUGCUGGUAAACUGGUUGAUGGCUGUCUGUCUGUUCGAGCAGCAUCUGUGGAGAUUAUUUUAAAUAUAUAAUAACUGACCAGUGUUCAAAGUGGCAGAGUGAUUUUCAGGAGUCAGUCACACUGUGGCCUAAGAGACAGACACCUUCCUGUUUGGGUUUCUCGACUUCAAAUCCAACAGUCACUGAAUGAAAACACUAAACGGUUUGACAGAGCUGUCCUGUUGAUUUUGAACUGCCUCGUUACAGCCCAGCACAGUCAGGUUCAACAGUUUCAUAUGAAGUGCCUCCACUGGGCUUAGUAUGGAGAAGCGUGUGAAUGGAUGCUUGUGUGUGUAUGUUAAGCUUGGGUACUUGCACACAGGUGUGCAUGAAGUUAAUCUCUGACGGGGGACCAAGCUACUUAGUGUAACUACUGAUACUGUGUCAUGGACAGAAGUCCUGAAGUGUGCCACGAUUCCUAGACACUGUCAGGAUGUGUGAACUGUUUGCUGCUGACUCACUGACCAAAGUGACCAAGCGUCCCUCUCUGUAACCACCACGGCCAAAAGCCUUCGCGAGCCUGUUGUGGGAGUUUAUUAUGUUCUAACAGUAAUAAGCAACAACCUGGAGACAUAAAGCAGAGCUGCUGCUGCCUCUCCUUUCCUUUGGGCGGUUCAAGAAAAUCUUGUGAAGUAAAAAAAAGUGUAAAGAUGUGAACAGAGCAUAAAAAAAUCUAGAGUGAGUGGUUCCUGUCUGCACAGUACACCCCAAUGUUUUCUUAUUUCUCUGUGCAAGAUUCAGAUGCUGUGGUUCUAACCCGGGCUUAAUGUAUGUUUUGUGGUUCCUUUUCACAGUGUUAUUACCAUGCAGAAAUCUUGUCACCUACAGUACAUCUCAACAUGCACUGUAAGAAUCCAAUCUGCUUAAGCACAUUGCAGCUCACGUUAGUUGACGCAGAUGGCAAUAUUGAUUGGGGCACAGGUGUGUAACAACUCUCUCUAGAUUUAUUUUUACUCCAGUUAACGAUCGUCUUUGAUUAUCAAAGAUCUGUCGUGAGCGGAGGUGGAGGGGGGCUCACUUUCUCUACUUUGUGAAAAUGUGAUAUUCCAGUUUUGCCUAACCUUCAGGAAUAAGAUGUCUUGCACAAACAUUCCCCCUAACCAAAAUAAAGU